AUGGAGGCUCUUCUUUCCAACGUGUCCCGCUCUUGCCCAUUCCUGGCCCGCACUCCCGUGUCGGCCUUGAGGAAGCUGUCCACUCUUUCGGUCACUUCCGGCAGUGCCACCGGCAAGCGUUCUAGCGCCUUGUUCGCCUCCGCCCAGCGAUGCCCCGUCAUGUCCAAGGCGUUGGCUGUUCAGUCCGUCAAGAACAAGGCUCCUACUCCGCCGGCCAACCACCACUCGGUGGGCAAGGGCGCUAAGUCCAUGCACUCGUCUGCUAUCUGCCCUUACGCUGCUGUUGUCGAUGGUUUGUCCAGCGUGCCUGCUCGUACCGCUACUCCGGAAUUCAUCCCUACCAAAUCGGCGGCUGCUCCUGCUCCCGCUCCCGCUGGCAGGUGCCCUGUCCCGCACCAGCAGCACGGAGAAGCUCCUCACGCCAACCAUGCUGAGAGAUUGGCGUCGUUGCCUGCUGCGCGCCCUGCUCAGUCUGCUCAGAAGAAAUUCGAUUACGAGUCUUUCUACCAGACUGAGCUCGAGAAAAAGCACAAGGAUAAGAGUUACCGGUACUUUAACAACAUCAACAGGUUGGCUCAGAAGUUUCCUACAGCACACACUGGAACUGGUGAACAUGUCACUGUUUGGUGCUCAAACGAUUACUUGGGAAUGAGCAAGCAUCCUGAAGUCAUUGACGUUAUGAAGGCGACACUUGACAAAUAUGGUGCUGGAGCGGGCGGAACCCGGAACAUUGCCGGCAAUGCCCAGCUUCACUUGAGCUUAGAGCACGAGCUUGCGGAUCUUCACAAGAAAUCGGGUGCUCUCGUGUUCUCCUCAUGCUUUGUGGCAAACGAUGCCACUCUCUCGACAUUGGCCGGCAAAAUGCCCGGGUGUGUCAUCUUCUCCGACUCGUCAAACCACGCCUCCAUGAUUCAGGGUAUCCGCAACUCGCGUGCCGCCAAAAAGAUUUUCCGUCACAACGACGUGGCUCACCUGGAGUCUCUCCUCCAAUCGGUGGACAUCAACACGCCCAAAAUCAUCGCCUUUGAAUCUGUCUACUCCAUGUGCGGAUCCAUUGGCCCGAUCAAGGAGAUUGCUGCCCUGGCGAAAAAGUACAAUGCCAUCACCUUCUUGGAUGAAGUUCACGCAGUUGGCAUGUACGGCUCGCGCGGUGCUGGUGUUGCCGAGUAUAUUGAUGCCAUGGACGAUAUUGAUAUCAUCACUGGAACGCUUGGCAAGGCUUAUGGAGUUGUUGGAGGAUAUAUCGCCGGCUCCGCGCCCCUUGUCGAUAUGAUCCGCAGCUACGCCCCCGGCUUCAUCUUUACCACCUCCCUCCCCCCCGUCGUCGUCGCCGGCGCCCUCACCUCCAUCCGCUAUCUGAAACAAUCCCGUGCCGAACGCACCGGCCAACAACUCAACACCCGCGCCCUCAAAGCCCGCCUCGGCCACCUCGGCAUCCCAGUCGUCCCCAACCCUUCCCACAUCGUCCCCGUCCUCGUCGGCGACGCCGAGACCGCUAAAUCUAUUUCGGAUGAGUUACUCUACAAACACAAGAUUUACGUGCAGAGUAUCAAUUACCCCACCGUGUCCGUCGGCGAGGAACGUUUGCGUAUCACGCCCACACCCGGACAUGGCCCCGAGCUCAUGGAUGUGCUUGUGGAUGCGCUCGAGGGCAUCUGGAAGGAACGUGGAUUGAGGAAGGAGCAGGAUUGGGAGGCCGUUGGUGGACGCGCUGGAGUGGGGAUGGGAUAUGGCGUGGAGCAGUUGGUUGUGGAGAAGGAUUUGAGGAUCGAUGAGCAGAUGGCGGUGGCUGCUUCUGCUUAG